UCUCCAUCUGCGCCAUAAAGGAAGAGUAGGGUUUGCCUCACUCCUACUUCCUCGAGACCCUGGCUAUGCGGGUGAAAGUUCAAGGGGGCGUACCGGCGAAACAUGGAUGUCAAUCAGGCGAAACAAGAGCAUCUUCUUGCAUUGAAAGUGAUGCGGCUGACUAAGCCAACGCUUUUCACCAACAUGCCGGUGACGUGUGAGGACAGAGAUCUUCCAGGUGACCUGUUCAACCUGCUCAUGAAGGAAGACCCAUCGACCGUUAAAGGAGCAGAGAGCCUCAUGCUUGGGGAAAUGCUCACGCUUCCUCAGAACUUUGGUAAUAUCUUCCUAGGUGAGACAUUCUCCAGUUACAUCAGCGUGCACAACGACAGCGCUCAGGUGGUCAAGGACAUCCUGGUAAAGGCAGACCUACAGACCAGCUCUCAGCGCCUGAACCUCUCUGCAUCUAACUCUGCUGUGUCAGAGCUGAAACCAGAAUGCUGCAUCGAUGAUGUUAUCCACCAUGAAGUCAAGGAGAUUGGGACACACAUUCUGGUAUGUGCUGUCAGCUAUACUACGCAGUCGGGGGAGAAACUCUACUUCAGGAAGUUCUUCAAGUUUCAGGUGCUCAAGCCGCUCGACGUGAAGACCAAGUUCUACAAUGCCGAGAGUGACCUCAGUUCUGUGACAGAUGAAGUCUUCCUGGAGGCUCAGAUCCAGAACAUCACCACCUCUCCCAUGUUCAUGGAGAAGGUGUCUCUGGAGCCCUCGUUGAUGUACAACGUCACGGAGCUGAACACCGUGACAGCGGGGGACUCUGGUGAAUCAACCUUUGGCAAGAUGUCCUACCUGCAGCCCAUGGACACCCGCCAGUACCUGUACUGCCUGAAGCCGAAGCCAGAAUUUGCGGAGAAGGCUGGCGUGAUUAAGGGUGUGACAGUGAUCGGCAAGCUGGACAUCGUGUGGAAGACCAACCUGGGGGAGCGAGGCCGGCUACAGACCAGCCAGCUUCAGAGAAUGGCUCCUGGUUAUGGAGACGUGAGGCUUUCCCUUGAGCUGAUCCCGGAUACAGUCAAUCUAGAGGAGCCCUUCGACAUCACAUGUAAAAUCACCAACUGCAGCAGUGAAAGAACCAUGGAUCUGGUGCUGGAGAUGUGUAACACCAGCUCCAUCCACUGGUGUGGCGUCUCAGGGAGGCAGCUGGGCAAAUUAAGCCCCAGCUCCUCGCUCUACCUCCCUCUGAAACUCUUGUCUUCUGUCCAAGGCCUCCAGAGUAUAUCGGGACUGAGGCUCACGGACACUUUCCUGAAAAGGACGUACGAGUAUGACGACAUCGCACAGGUCUGCGUGGUGUGUCCGUUUAACGGACUGGACAGCUAGGCCCCCUCCCAAAGUGUGGCACUGUGCACCCCAAAGGACCAACUAUGGAACGCUCUGCACUCUCCCUCCUGCAUUUCGAUGACCUUGUUUUAAGAUGUAGAAUGUUUUAAUUGUCAAAAAAAUAUUUUAUUUGUAAAAUAUCUGAAUAAAGUCUUAAUGGUAA